GCUGUUUCAACUGAAGGGUUCGGGCGUUUCUUGUGACUUUCAAGCGCCUACAAGCAUGACUCCUGGAAUUACUGCUCGACUGUUCAUCUUGAUCUCGCUGUGCCUGGGGGCUUGGGCCCAGGUUCCGCAAAACGCGCAAGACGAGAUUGAUCUCUACGGAAACUUCGGCAAAGCGUGGGACUUGUUCCGCAAGAUAUACAGCAAGACGUACAAAAGUUCCGAAGAGACUGUGCGCAGAGAGGGGAUCUUCAGGAAGAGCUUCAACUACUGCAAGUCCGUCGACAUGCAGUUCAAGAACGGCACCCUACCGUACAGCGUCGAAAUCAACUACUUCGCAGACAUGACGAGCCGAGAGGUGGUGCAGAAAUACACGGGCUACAACAAGAGCGACUCUCUACUUCUGGGCAGCACGCCGCUCCACGCGCCCCUUCUGGGCGAUUUUCCCGAUUCCCUGGACUGGAGGAAGCGGGGCCUUGUGACGCCCGUGAAAAACCAAGGACAGUGCGGAGGUUGCUGGGCCUUCAGUGCGACCGGAUCGCUGGAAGGACAAGUCUUCAAGAAGACCGGCCGGUUGGUGAGCAUGAGUGAACAGAACCUGCUGGACUGCGCGGGUCGCAGGUACGGCAACAACGGCUGCAACGGUGGGCAGAUGUCCGGAGCUUUCCAGUACGUCCGAGACGCCGGAGGCAUGGAUACGGAUCAGCAGUACCCGUACCGAGCUCAGACGGACUUCCAGUGUAAGUUCAGCAGGAGUACGGAGGCAAGGAGGUACGGCGUGAGGGGAUACGUCCGGGUGCCGGCCAACAACGAACGUGCGCUCAUGGACGCCUGCUCCAGAGUUGGGCCCAUCUCGAUCGCCAUCAAUGCCAGCCCCCAGUCCUUUAUUUUCUACAAGGGCGGCGUCUACAAUGAUGGCGGCUGCGAUCCUCGUGGUCUCAACCAUGCAGUGCUGGUUGUCGGAUUUGACAAAGAUUCUCGAGGCACACCCUACUGGAUUGUGAAGAACAGUUGGGGAACCGGCUGGGGCGAGGCCGGCUACAUCAAGAUCAUGCGGAAUAAAAACAUAUGUGGUAUGGCAGCAGAUCCCGUCUACCCCACCAUGUAACAAGUAGCACAACAUCGGUCAUGUAAAAACCUCAUCGUCUCGGAUCAUAUGAAUGUCAAAAUAAAUAGUGAAUACGC